UGAAAAGGUGUCUCGAUUGAGUAGCUCCUACAGAGCUUCCGCCAGAAGCAGCCACGGUGCUCUUCCUUCGCCAGGGCUACCCUGCCAGGUCCCAUCUGGAGCCAUCUCGGAGAGCAUCCUGACCCCAGCCAAGUACCACGGCAUGGCUCCGACAAUUGCAUGUUCCGUCACGGUUUGGCAAAUCGAUUGCCUUCUCAGUUUUGAAGGACAAGCUGUUCUCCGAAUUGCAAUGUUCAACAAGUUGCCGUCCAACCAUUACGUCGGUGUUGCAGUUCCUGAAGCGUCUUCUCUUAUUCACUUUACGAUCGCUCGGCAGUUGGGUUUGAGCGAAAUAUCAUGGCUCGGAACCCUUUAUGCAGCCUCCACCCAUUUCUCAGCUUUCUAUAUUUUUCUUUGUACCUGGAAAUCUGUGUUUGGUAUCCAUACAAUCUCAGCCAUCACUGCCCUGUCGUAUGGUAACGAAUCGCGAUGUGUGGCUGGUGGUGAUUCACGACGGUUAUCUACCAUGCGGGUAUCAUGGUGUGAACUCCAUGCAAAUUCCGGUCGGCUAUACCUUAAUCGAGAUAUACUUUGUUGGUUAAGAGCCUCGAUCUCGGUCUCUAGUUCGUACAAGGGCACCGAUAGCAUCAAGUGCCGUUGCUCAAAACCCUACCCCACAAAUGACAGCUGGCUAACAGUCAAGGUGGGCGGCGUGCGACAGCUGCAUUUGAUUCAAUGGAUGCCAUUGCGUACACGUUCAUCGAAACAUUGUUAUGUCGGACGGAGAAGACUCCAAAUCAGUCGCUUCAUGCUCUACAUGGACCAGGGUCCCCCGUCACAAGAAUUGGGACCAGCCACAUCGCCAACAGUCAGGCUCAUGAUGUCAUUUCUACUUUUCAAAUAUUUCCACGUCAGUAUACCCACGAGGCUGAAACCUUUCGGGGAGCUCCAGUAUCCAUCAGAGUCUGGGAACAAUUUAUGGAGUAUGUUAAUGGCAGAGAUUGCGCAGGCCACCUCGAAAGAAGAACCGAGAAUAUCGCAAGCAUGGGGUCAUUGA